AUGCAUGCAUGCGCUCGCAAGAACGCAACGUGUGGAUACGGCACAUCCGGUACGCCCGAGUUCCUACCGGUUUUCAAUGGAACGUUGAAAUGGUUUUAUGUUAUUCGCGGAAAAGCUUUCGGGCUCUUCCUUGGAGGACACUUUGGAGUUCACGGCAGCCCUCGUCUUCGGUGCCACCGCCUGCAGAACAUGAAGACUUCAAACGCUUUGAUCCAACAACUGCUCAGGGCAGAGGAGGAAGCCGAGCAGAUUGUGCACAAGGCAAGAGAAAACCGUGUCAAGAUGUUGAAGGACGCUCGCGCAUCCGCAGAGGAAGAACUCAAAGCAUUUCGCCUGAAGGAGGAGGAAAGGUUCAAAGUCGAAGUUGAACAGCGCCUCGGUCAGGACGAUUCCCUGACUAACGAGCUCGCAGAUAGGACAAAGGCGGACAUUGAAAUAAUCAAGAAAGAUUACAUGGCGAACAAGGAUGGAGUCCUUGCAUUUAUCAGUGGGAAAGUUCUGGACGUGGACACCGUGAUCGGCCCAAAAAAAGUCUCUAUCCUGCGCAAUUACGCGGAACGAGGGGUUGAUCCAUGA